AUGGAGUCCGAUACCUCCCACGAACCAACUUUGGCGGGGUCGCUGGCUCCAGCACCAUACGGAAGGGCAUGCGUGGCGUGCUCCCGAGCCAAAUGCAAAUGUUUCUAUCGGUCUGAUGGUUCGGGAUGUGAGAGAUGCCAUCGUCUUGGUAAAGCUUGCGAACAGACGUCGUCUAUACGCAAACGCAGGACUCAAAAGGCUUCCUCUCGAUCAGUGCAGCCGCCACCACCCAGGAAUCUACUAGAAGAGAAGCUGGACAAUGUUUUAUCCAUUUUGCGCUCCCAGGCAUCCACCAAACAGCUUGUCGAACAAACCCUCGAAGGUGAACCAAGUAAUAACACCACUCUAUCGAACAUAAACUCGCUGCGUAAUCCUAUCACUCCAUCGAUUGCACGUGGUCCAGAAGUCGUUAUUGACACGACUGAAAGCGCUGUCCACCUGCUCCGGCCAGCCGAGAGCGCAGAUGAUUCACCGUCGGGCGCUACUAGCCCUCAAUUACUAAUUGCUGGCGAUGUGCCUAUUCAUGGCAUCACGGCUUUGAAUGCCGAGGAGCAACUGGCAACAUUUCGUCGUGCUUUUAUCCCCGCAUUUCCAUUUAUUCAUAUUCCAACCACAACAUCUGCUUCAGAUUUAUAUAGGGAGAAGCCUUUCGUUUGGCUUGUCAUAAUCGCCUUAACCACGAAGGUCGUCUCAAAGCAGUUCGAUCUCGCAGAUCAUAUUUGGAAAAUUAUCUCUCAACGAGUCUUAUGUGAACAUCACGCAAAUGUAGAUCUCCUUCUCGGUAUAAUUUGCUUUGCCUCUUGGUCCCAUUACUUUAAGAAAGACAAACCCUUCAUGACCAUGCUUACCCAGAUGGCCGUGUCCAUGGCGUUUGAACUUGAUUUACACAAAGAUACAACCCCUGGGAUAUCACCACGUGACAAACCUAGCCGUCUAUUAACCCGCCAGACAUAUGUAAGGCCCGUUCGAACCAUAGAGGAACGUCGCACAUUUGCUGCAUUGUACUAUCUUACCUCUGCGUGA